AUGCGUUGUAGUACUCACCCUCCUCCCAUUUCCCUGUGUCGCUCCUUCAUCUUCUUCCUCCUCUCAUUCCCUCACAUCCUCUCGCCGUCUCCACCACGCUCCACACAGGCUGCAGGUCUCGACAGUAGAGUCUCUCCUGCGGGAAGGAAAAUGAUGUCCAUUCUGAAUAUUGUUGCCAGGGAGAUCCUAGACUCCAGGGGUAACCCAACAGUGGAAGUCGAUCUUCAUACUAAUAAAGGUUUGUUCCGGGCGGCCGUGCCAAGUGGCGCCUCUACCGGCAUUUAUGAGGCUCUGGAACUGCGAGAUGGAGACAAGACUCGUUACAAGGGCAAAGGUGUAACCAAAGCGGUUGGUCACAUUAAUGACUGCAUUGCACCUGCCCUCAUCCAAUCAGGCGUCAGCGUGCUGGAGCAAGACAAGCUGGACAACAUGAUGAUUGAAAUGGACGGUACCGAAAACAAAUCUAAAUUUGGCGCCAACGCUAUUCUUGGGGUGUCGCUGGCCAUAUGCAAAGCCGGAGCAGCGGAGAAGGGCGUGCCUCUCUACCGUCAUAUUGCAGAUUUGGCGGGGAACGGGGACCUGGUGCUUCCAGUUCCUGCUUUUAAUGUGAUCAAUGGGGGCUCCCACGCUGGAAACAGACUGGCCAUGCAGGAGUUCAUGGUGCUUCCUGUGGGGGCGGAGUCAUUCCGGGAGGCCCUACGCAUUGGGGCGGAGCUCUAUCAGACCCUGAGAGGUGUCAUCAAGGAGAAGUACGGUCAAGAUGCUACCAAUGUAGGAGACGAGGGGGGAUUUGCCCCAAACAUUCAAGAGAACAGUGAAGCUCUAGAGCUGAUCAAGACGGCCAUAGAGAAGGCGGGCUACACAGAUAAAGUGGUCAUCGGGAUGGAUGUGGCCGCCUCCGAGUUCUUCAUCGAGGGAAAGUAUGACUUGGAUUUCAAGUCUCCGCCUCUUGCCGCACGCAACAUCAGUGGCGAGGAGCUGGCAAACAUCUACCAAGGCUUCAUCAACAACUACCCAGUUGUUUCUAUUGAAGACCCCUUUGACCAGGAUGACUGGCCUGCCUGGACUCAGUUUACAUCCUCAGUGGGCAUCCAGGUGGUUGGGGAUGAUCUGACGGUCACCAACCCGCGUAGGAUACAACGAGCCGUGGAGGAAAAGGCCUGCAACUGUCUUCUCCUUAAAGUCAACCAGAUUGGCUCCAUCACGGAGGCCAUUAAGGCCUGUAAGCUGGCUCAGGAGAACGGCUGGGGAGUGAUGGUGAGCCACCGCUCAGGUGAGACAGAGGACACCUUUAUAGCCGAUCUGGUGGUGGGACUCUGCACUGGACAGAUUAAAACUGGAGCUCCUUGUCGUUCUGAGCGUUUGGCUAAAUACAAUCAGCUCAUGAGGAUUGAGGAGGAGUUGGGUGACCAGGCUCGCUUUGCUGGACACAACUUUCGCAAUCCCAGUGCACUUUGAACAUGAGUGGUGACGAUAAAAACAAACAUAAUAAUAAUAAUAAUAAUACUAGCAAUCAUUGUGUGCAAAGCACAACAAAUGUUGUGUCGCUCCGAGCUUUGUUAUUAUGUGGUUGACUGUUGCUGUAUUAUUGUUGUGUUGUCACCCUGCACUGAUCGCCUGGCUCUACUUUUUGUCGACUGUGGAUGGAUGACCUUUGAUCUUUAUUGUGCUCUACCACGUUCCCUGACUUUCCGAUACUGUGAACACCAAGCGGCUUUACACAGCUUUAAAUAAUAUUUGUGUGUAAUUGUGGAAAAUAAAGAGAUGGCUAUAUGAAGAGCUUGCAACCAAAAGGCGCUAAAUCCAUUUUGACUGAUUUCGAGAAAAUCAAUGAUUUUUAAUUAUGCACAUAUCAAUCUAUUUGGUCAUCAAGUCUAUAUUGCAAAUGAAAGAGCUAUCAAUAUAGGUCAUAAAAAUGCAUGCUAUAAAAAUCCUGCACACACCAUGUAUUUUAUAUUUUUUUUUUAUAAAAAUGUUUUCGGAUUUAGCGCCUUUUGGCUGAAAUGAUGGAUUUAGCGCCUUUUGGCUGAAAUAAAUUUGAAGUCACCUUUAACUUCUUCAAUGGCAUUGUUGUAAAAGAAUGUAAGGUGAUUUAAUGUGCUAUGCUAAUAAAAUAAUUACAACACAGAA